CAAUACUAGAUUGUAACAAACGAUCAAAAUUGAUUGAGAAACAAUUUGUCGGGCGGUAUAAAUAUCCUCCACAUCAAAUAAAUCACACAUCUGAAAGGGCUAAAUGGUACGAAACACAAAAGGAGAUCCAGAAGAAGUUGUGGGUUUCACUGUAGGUCGGUCCUUGCUGAGAAGAAAUGAAGUACUUCCUUUACCUUGUAUUAUUUAUUCCCGUGACAUUUGCAUCAGACCAUGAUGUAGACGGUAACGCUGAGGUCGCAGAGAGAAUUGCAAAAAUCCGAAAAGAAUUAUCGCAGGCAAAUAUAGGAUUUGCCGUCGGCUUGUAUAAGAAAAUUGUUUUGAAAGACAGCGAAUCGCAGCACAACCAUUUUUUCUCGCCCGUUAGCAUUUCUAGUGCAUUUUCUAUGCUGUCUCUUGGGGCCAAAUCAGCGACCCACAAGCAGAUUACGGAAGGCCUACACUUAAACCGAACGCAACUGAAUGAGAGAGACAUACACGAGGCGUUUGAGCAUAAUAUCCGGUCUUUAAAUCAACCAAAGGAUGAUCUUUUAGUGAACAUUGGGAAUGCCCUCUUCUUAGACAAAAACAUGAGUCUCUUGAAUAGUUUUGAAGAGGAUGCUCAACGUUACUACAACGCGGAAAUUCUGACCGCAAACUUCAAAAAUAUAGAAGGCGUUGAGAAGCUCAUCAAUGAUUACGUGCAGAACAAAACGAAAGGAAAAAUAAAGGAACUGGUAAAAGACCUCGAUAAGAGAGCUCUGAUGGUCGUGGUCAAUUAUAUCCUCUUUAAAGGAGAAUGGAUAAAUCCCUUUAAUCCUCUUUUUACCCAAACCCAUAAUUUCUCCGUGGAUGAAAAAACUAAAGUCAAGGUUCCGAUGAUGAGUCGCAUUGGCCUCUAUAAAAUCCUCCUGGACCCACAGCUCCCGUGUAUAGUUAUUGAGCUUCCUUACAAAGGACAGGCUUCUAUGCUUCUCGUCAUUCCAGAACUGGGGAAAAUUCACGAAGUAGAAGAAGCUUUAUCACCAGAGACGAUAUCAAGGUGGAAAAAUUCAACCAAACAAAGGAUUAUCGAUCUGCGUGUGCCAAAGUUCUCGAUCGGCUCUUCUAUCGAUCUGAAAGAAAUCAUCAGUGAUAUGGGAAUGGCGGAUGUUUUUAGCAUCUUGGCAGAUUUCUCUGGGAUUACGUCCGAUGUGAAACUCGUGUUAUCGAAAGCUGUCCACAAAGCCGUGCUAGAUGUUGAUGAGAAGGGAACAGAAGCAGCUGCAGCCACUGAAAUCGAAGCUGUAUUCACAGCAUUGUUCCCGACCCACAGAGUGGAUAGACCAUUCCUCCUGAUGAUCUGCGAUCAGGAAACCGACAGUAUACUCUUCAUGGGCAGGGUCAUAAAUCCAGUUGAGAAGUAAAAGUAGAUUACCAGCAUCCUCUUCACCAGGACCCCCUGGAAUUGACAUUAUCACAAAUCCUACAAA